AUGGGCAAAAAGUAUAGCGCGUCAUGGGAUCCAAAUUUCCUGGCAUGGAUCCUUGCUCAAGGGAAAAUCGUCAUGCCCAUCCCGGGUACCAAAGACGUCAAGCUCAGUCCUGAAGAUCUUGCUGCUAUCAGGAAGGCUGCGGAAAAGGCGGAUGGGCUACACUUUGACCGAUAUGCUCCUGGAAUGGUGGAAAAGGUGUUUGUAGACACGGCUAUUCCAUUGUGA